UAGGAAGUGAAACGGUUGUUUAUUUCGGUUGAAUUUAAUCAACAAUAUUAGUGGAAUUGUUGUAAAACUAUUAAUAAGAAUUGCCUAAAAAGUAAGGAUGGAUGCAACGUCGUGCUUGAAGUCUUUGUUACUGGCGAUCAAUCAGUAUAAGAACAACAAGUCCGCGUCCAAUGCAACGCAGCUUCAGAGACAACUGGAUGUUAUUUCGGGACUGAAAUCCACCAGGCUGUUUGCAUCAAACCAAGUUCUCCCAAGUGAAUGUCUUAGCUGCCUCGUUGAACUGGCUGGAGACCCGAACAGCAACCCUUCCUUAACUCUGAGAAUCAUUGCGCUGCUGUCUCAUUUAGCAUCAGAGGAGGAGACCAGAGAGGCCCUGCAUAGCAGCUACAGUCUCACCGGUGUGCUGGCAUCAGUCAUUCAUUGCAACAGCUCAACUCCCAGCGAGCCUGUUGUAUUGCAGUGUAUUCAGCUCCUGCAGAGAAUCACCUACAAUGUAAGGGUCCUUCACUCAAGCUCUAACAUCGAUGAGCUGCUAACGUUUCUAAUGCAUCACAUCCAGUCUCCUGAUGAUGACUUAACAAUGCCAUGCCUUGGACUCAUGGCAAACCUCUGCCGGCACAACAUGUCUGUUCAAGCCCAUAUCAAGUCUUUGAAUAAUGUAAAAAGUUUCUAUCGGACCCUGAUCACUUUUCUGGCCCACAAUAGGUUGACUGUGGUGGUAUUUGCCCUUUCCAUACUAACAAGCCUCACUAUAAAUGAAGAAGUUGGUGAAAAGCUUUUUCAUGCAAAGAAUAUUCAUCAAACCUUUCAGUUAAUAUUUAAUAUUAUUGUGAAUGGAGAUGGGACGCUGACCAGGAAGUACGCGGUUGACCUUCUGGUGGAUCUGCUGAAGAAUCCCAAGAUUUCAGAUUACCUGAGCAGAUAUGAGCACUUUAAUUUAUGCCUCUCCCAGGUACUGGGUCUGCUUCAUGGGAAGGACCCUGAUUCUGCAGCAAAGGUUCUUGAGCUGCUGAUUUCGUUUUGUUCCGUUGCGAGUCUUCGUAGGCUCCUCUGCCAGGCGCUGUUCGCACCCCCCUCUGUGCGAGCCCCAAGCUCUAGAAACAACAGCAAGACUCUGGAACCAGUCAUUGCUCUGAUACACUGGUCCAGCCUGCCACUAGAUGGCCCUGAGAACUCCACUCUGCAGGCACUGGAGCUGCUCAAGGAAAUGCUGGAGGAAGCGAUUGACUCGCCCUGUUGCAGCACGAUGCAUCAGUUUGUGGAUCUUCUGUUGCCCGUCCUUCUGGAUUUGCUCCAGAUACCAGGGCAGAUACUCGACGAGGCGCUUGUGAAAAAGAAAUGUGCAAGAACAAGCAGAGCUAUUGACAUCCUGUUGGUGCUCUGUGGAGAUGAGUCAUUGAAAGUGCAAGUUUCAGAGAAGCUAACUGCCAGAAUCUGCGUAUCGCAAUUGGAGUUCCAGUUUUCAUCCAGUUGGAUGGACGUAGGCUUUGUGAAUCCUGUGGCUGAUUCAGACCGUGGCCAGGUUGGUGCUGAUGUUGUGCUGAAGACAUUGGAUCUGAUGAGCAAAAUCAAACAGUUUGUGCCAAACAUGGAAACGAGCUUCUACAAAAUGCUUCAGGACCAGCGUCUCAUUACACCCCUGUGUUUUGCUUUAACAUCAGAUCUCAGGCAUCGUGUAGAGGCUGCAUUGAGGAUCGUGUUUGAAGCAGCUCCUUUACCAGACUUUCCUGCCAUCAUGCUUGGUGAAAGCAUAGCUGCAAACAACGCAUACAGACUACAAGAGGCCCAGUAUUCCAUCAGCAGAACCCCUGCACACGAGCUACACGAGCAGCCGUCCGUGCUGGUCAAAGGGUGUUCUUCACCGCUCUAUACCAGCAACAGCCCACAGAGAUCAAACAUCCAGAACCUCAUCGACAAACUGCAGGCUGGACUGGAGCUUAAAGAAGAAAUCAAGGAUGUGAGGAUUUCAGAAUUAAUGGAUGUUUAUGAACAGAAGAUAUCUGCCCUCGCUUCGAAGGAGGGCCGGUUGCAGGAUCUUCUGGAAGCGAAGGCUCUGGCUCUAGCUCAGGCAGACAGGCUGAUUGCUCAGUACCGGUGUCAGAGAGCACAGGCAGAGGCAGAGGCGCGGAAGUUAGCUGCACUCCUGAAGGAAGCUGAGCGGAACAAUGAAGAGCUUGGUGCCCUGCUGAACAGUCAGCAGUUGGAGUCUGAGCGUGCAAAGACUGACAUUCAGCAGCUUUUCAAUCACAACAGGAAACUGCAAGCAGUGGCUGAAGAGCAUGAGUCCUUGAAGGGGUCCUUCACUGAGGUGGUGCAGAAGCUUGAGGCAUCUGAAAAGCAGUUGAAGGAGCUCCAGGUUUCACACAGUUCCCUCAGCAAACAAGUGGAGGCUCUAAAGAAGCACAAUGAGACUGCUCAGCUGCAGCAUGACAAAACCGUGGCACAACUUACAGAGAUGGAAGAUAAAUGUAAACAAUUAAGCAGGGAGGUACAAGAAAAAGAAAACCGAAUAUCAAACUUGCAACAGAAAAUCAGAAUUCAAGAAGAAAAAACAAAACAGCAGGAGAAAGAAAAAGAGGAACUGGAAGAAACAAUUGAGAUUCUCCGGAAAGAACUGAGUAAAACGGAGCUGGCAAGAAAGGAGCUCAGUAUCAAGGCGUCGUCUCUGGAGAUUCAGAUGUCUCAGAUGGAAGUCCGUUUAGAAGAAAAGGAGGCUGUGAUUAAAACCCAGAGAGAAGAAAUGAACAAGCAUUCCCAUAUGAUAGCCAUGAUCCACAGCCUGAGCAGUGGGAAACUCAAGACUGACUCUGUGAACCUCAGUCUUUAACGCUUCAAUGAGUCUUGCUGUGAAACGGGAGGUCUGGACUAACUGAUAGGUGUGAGUUUGCGCUAACCCAGCAUGGUACCACAAUGCUUAAAAUCAAGUCUGAUUUUAAGACUGUCUGUCUGGCAGCAUUUCUUAAAGAAACAAAGCUGCUGUCCAGCUUACAUUUUAUAUUCCCCAAUCAUUUGUUUGUCUCAUUCUAAUGCUGUCCUUUUUGAAAAUAUGCUGUUGUUUUUAUGUUUGUUUUUUUUUCUUUUCUUUAUUUACAAUAAAACCUUUUUGGCCGAAUGAUUUUAAUAAACACGUGAAGAAAUUCAGUGUGACCAAAACAGAUUUAGAACAUCUGAAACAAAAUAAAAAAGCUGACAGAGGAUUGGUAUAAAGAUCAGUUUAUCAAUAUGCUUUUUAAAUGCGUGCAUGUUGAACAAGUUUGCAUAUAGAGCAUGUUGUAAGCAGAUGUUGCUGCUGCAGUGCUGUACUUUCUGUAAGCAGGGGAGGGCAGGUUUAUGUAAGUAUUCUAUAAUCUUUAGGGUACUCUUCCUAAUCUGUCCUAACAUAUGGAAUAGAGCAGAGUAAGAAAAAAAUAUAUUUUACUGAAAAGCAGCUGUCACAUGCUGCUAGGAAUCUGGCUUUCAGCCUGAAGUUAUUAUUAUAGUUUAUCAUCAUGCUAAAUAAAUAGACUAGACGAGCAUUUUGUGAAAUACGUUCAAUGGAAAUUGCUAUGUAUUCUAUGGAAAUCUAUGAUGGUUCAUUCUGUCAUAUAAUAUUAAUAGGGGUGGUGUAAAACAGCAGCUUGCGAGAGUACCGCCUGUUUUUCUCUCUUCAUUGAUUAUCCACUUCCUGUGUGUUUUUACACAAGAGCUUGCAGUUAAUCUAACAAUCUGCUAUGUGUCGAUGCUGCAUGUUGUUGUUCUUUUAUUGCACACUUAGGGGAAGUUAACUAGAGAAUUAGCAUGGUUUGGAUUUUAAAGAUUUUAAAUAUUAUGAAGAUAUAUUUUAAUUUGAAUGUAUCUUUGUUAUUUAAUGGAAUUUAAAGUAUUCUUUCUGAGAAUAUGUACACCUUUUUCUGCAGCCUAUUGUGAUAAAGCAGCACAGGGGUUAGCCUCCGUGCUGAGAUCUCUGCAUAAUCAGAUCAGUGUAGUCUUGUUACAGGUAAAAUCUUGCAGCAUAGCACAUUAAACAAAUUAGGUUGGGUAGCUUGUGCAUGUUUUUGUGUAUUGAAUAUAGUUUCUUCAGCUGUUGAUUAAGAAGAAAAGAAUCAGUAAUUGUAAAAACAGAGUAGGCUUUUGAAAAAAUAAUAUGAUGAAAGGGAGUACAUUUCCUUAAAAUCCAGUGAAAAUAAGGCCCUUAGUGCUGCAUGUACAGAGCUGCAGAUGUCUUGUGUGAAGGAAAGUCUUUUUUUAAAAGGUAGAAUUCAUUACUACACAGUUUCAAAUAACAAUGCUGUUUUGGUGCAGGUGGGGGUUAUUGUAUUUUAACUGAGGUGGGGCUGUGCUAAUAAUCCUGGAGUCACGCACAUCAGUGCUCUGAUUAUCCAAAUCAAAGAUUUAUUCACGUUAAUAAUUUGUAAGCACAGGCACGCUCUAAAACACAGCCCAUUACUCUGUGUGCUCAGCUGACUCAAAGGAAUGCUGCCUUGGCAGAUUGCCUCUUUUACCUUGUCACGUCCUUAUCCUCAAAGAAUUGAUAAGGAAACACCCAUAAAGUUUUAGACCAGACCUCAUGACAAUGCAAAUCUGCUAUUGACGGCAAGACGCAUUCUCACCUCAGGCUUUGUUUAAAAAUGAAAUGAAAAAUACUCAAACAUAAACAAAUAUAUAAUUAUAUAAUUUAUACUUCUUUACAAUAUUAUUUUGUUUUACAAUGUUGUACAUUUAAAUGUCAGCCUUUGAAUAGCUGUUAUUGGCAAAGGGCAGUAACCCUCACAUACCUAUUGAACUUUACAAAAUAUUUACUAUGCAAAUUGGAUGCUCUUAUUUUCUAAUACUGUACUUCACCUUCAGUUAUACUGUAUCACAAAAUUUCAAAUCCAGAACUAAAGUGUGCCUUUGUCUUGCAUGACAAUUAUUCACUUGCAAAUGUUUAAAAUAAUGGUUAGUUUGCAAACAGUGAACAAGGCUGAUGCUAUGAUAAUGACAUCAUAAAAAAAUUACUUUUCACAUAGCAAAUACUACUGCCCCAAAACCCAAUAAUUAUGUUCAAAAUACAGCAUCCUUCAUUUUAUACAGCAUGUAAUAG